GAAGAAGAAAGCGCGUGGGAAGAGCGAAUAGACGUCCCUGGGGGAGACUAGUCAUAAGCAGUGGGGGUCCCUUUCUAAACUAAGUACUGUAGCGAGUGUCGUCAUCGCUGCCGAGUCCGCUCUUUGAUGUCGCUCUCAAGGGCGCCGUUCUUUUCCUCGUCUGCUUUCUCUCAGAACACUGAGCUCCCUAUCGCUAAACAACCAACCCCCCCACACUUUCCCAAACACAAGGCUUACGACAAAAACCUUAUCGGCACCAUGAACGUAGAGGGGUACCUAUUCCUGUUCGGGGUGGUAAUGGCAGCAGUGCUGCUGUUCGCCAUGGUCUUUUUCAUAAUAAUGUUUUCCGAUCUGGAAUGCGAUUACAUCAACCCCAUCGACCUGUGCAACCGUCUCAACACUUUCGUAUUACCAGAAAGGUUCGCCCACGCCUUCCUCUGGGCAAUGUUCCUUCUCAAAGGCAGCUGGAUCGCGUUGUUGCUGAAUACACCGCUAUUGGCAUGGCAUGGAUACCAAGUCAUGAACAACCGACACAUGUACGACGCAACAGAGAUAUUCCGCACGCUGCCGCAACAUAAGAAGGAAUGCUUUUUGAAGUUGGGAUUCUACCUGCUUUGUUUCUUCUACUACCUGUACCGCAUGAUCCUCGCCCUCCUAAACGAGUAAGCCCGGCCCGCCAGCUCGCCACACAUACCCUCCAUGCACUUUCGGUUUCGCAAAGCCCGUCCCACAUUGCGCAUAAAGACCCGUUCCGUCCAUCCGACUUCACGUCCAUCCUCCCGCCCUCACCAUCCCUGCCUCAGUCCCUCUCCGCCUUACACCGGGCCCUUACAGCCUAUGCUGAAGAUCCGAUUUCCGAUCGGAUAGCGGGCAAAUCCAUCAACCCCGCGCGGUCCCUUGUACAAAGAGCCCAAAAGCAUAUACUCUGAUAUUUUUUUGAUGAUAUAUCC